CAGUGUGCGUCGUUUUCCCAAGCAAAAAUCCCUGUGGACAACCGCCCCUCUCUAUCUCUCUGUAUCUUUCCUCAUUGCGCGCACACACUUCACUGCGAGCGAAAACAAAACCUCUCUAUUUCUUUCUCUCUAUAAAAGCUUACUGUUUUGUUUCUUCUUUUGUUUUCCUGCUUGCUAAAUGGCUGGUGAUCGCAAACUACAGAAAUGAAGAUUACCGGGAAAUCGCAUUCCACGGCGACAUUUCCGGGGAACUAUAUUACUUCCAAAGCUCAGAACCCCCAGCCUCAUCCAGAUCUUAAAACCUCUCUCAAGCCUCGACGCAGGACCCGGAAUCCAAGUCUUACCCGUUCCAAGAGAACCGGAACUCCCCUUGGGAGGCGGAGCCGACCGGAGACGCCUUUUCUCAAAUGGAAGAUUGAAGAUAGAGAGAGAAAUGUUCGAGUUGAAGAGCAUGAAGAUGAGCUGGAGGAGAAGCUCGAGACUUGUGCCCGUAAAGGUCGACGGAAAAUCACGAGGGCGGUGUCUGCGAGGAAGCUGGCAGCUGGAUUGUGGCGCUUACAGCUUCCGGAGACUAUGGCUGCUGGCACCGGUGAGAGGAGGAGGAGGGAUCAAUUAGGGUUUCAGCCUGGUGGUGGUCACGUGGGCAUCUCAUUUUUACCUCAUCACAGCGGGAAAGCUAAUGGUUCUGAAGUACAGGAUCCAUCACAACGUCCGAGUUCUGUCUCUGGUAUGAAGAAAAUAUUCUUGUGCAAGCUUGAACCUUCACUUCAGUUUUCCAACUCCGCAAUGGAGGGUGCAACUAAGUGGGACCCUGUAUGCUUGGAAACAUUAGAUGAGGUGCGCCAGAGUUACGGCCACCUGAAGCGACUUGAUCAGCAAGUUAGUGCUGUAUCAGUGGUUUCUGCACUUGAAGCUGAACUAGAGCAUGCUCGAACACACAUUCAGGAGCUUGAGGCUGAGCGCCGGUCCUCAAAAAAGAAACUGGAGCACUUUUUGAAGAAAGUCAGUGAAGAAAGGGCUGCAUGGAGGAGUAGAGAGCAUGAGAAAAUUCGUGUAUUUAUUGAUGAUAUUAAAACUGAUUUGAACCAUGAAAGGAAAAAUCGCCAAAGGUUGGAAAUUGUAAAUUCCAAAUUGGUUAAUGAGCUGGCUGAAGCGAAGGUUUCAGCAAAGCGCUUUAUGCUGGAUUAUGAAAAAGAAAGAAAGGCCAGAGAAUUGGUUGAGGAAGUAUGUGAUGAGCUUGCUAAGGAAAUUGGGGAGGACAAGGCUGAAGUUGAAGCAUUAAAGAGGGAAUCACUGAAACUGCAGGAGGAAGUGAAUGAAGAAAGGAAGAUGUUGCAGAUGGCUGAGGUAUGGCGCGAAGAGCGUGUUCAAAUGAAGUUGGUUGAUGCAAAGGUGUUACUUGAAGAGAAAUAUUCUCAGAUGAACAGGCUUGUAGCAGAUUUAGAAAAUUUUCUAAGAUCCAGAAGUGCAGCACCAGAUUUGAAGGAAAUGAGAGAAGUAGAAUCACUUGUACAUGCUGCUGCCUCUGUGAAUAUUCAGGACAUAAAGGAUUUCACAUAUGAGCCGCCUAACCCAGACGAUAUUUUCUCUGUUUUUGAAGAAUUUAAUUCUGGUGAUCCUAAUGAGAGGGAGAUUGAGCAAUGUGUUGCCUACAGUCCUGCCAGCCAUGCCGCAAAAAUUCAUACUGUGAGUCCUGAAGUGAAUCUGAUAAACAAAGAUGGCAGCCAUAGGCAUUCUGAUGCAUUUGUUGACCAGAACGGUGAUAUAGAAGAAGACGAGAGUGGGUGGGAAACCGUGAGCCAUCUCGAGGAUCAGGGCUCAAGUUACUCCCCAGAAGGAAGUAUCCCAUCUGUUAACAGGAAUCGCCGGGACAGUAACGUCUCAGCGAGUGGAACAGAUUGGGAAGAGAAUGCAUUUGAUGAAACCCCGCUUACUGAAAUCAGCGAACUCUGUUCUGUGCCAACAAGACAGCUGAAGAAGGUUUCAUCCAUUGCAAAGCUUUGGAGAUCAUGCCCGAACAACGGGGAUAACUACAAUAUAAUCUCAGUAGAUGGUAUGAACGGCAGAACUUCUAAUGGAAGGAAAUCUAAUGGGGGCAUUGUGUCUCCAGAUAUUGUGUCAGGUAAAGGUGGACUGAGCCCAGAUUUGGUGGGGCAAUGGAGUUCACCUGACUCUGGUAACCCUCACAUAAGUCGAGGAAUGAAAGGUUGCAUUGAAUGGCCGCGUGGAACACAUAAGAGCAGCUUGAAGGCAAAGCUUAUGGAGGCAAGGAGGGAGAGCCAGAAAGUGCAAUUGCGCCAUGUUCUUAAACAGAAGAUCUAGACGUAGAUGUAGUGAUUAUUAUGAAAAUUGCAGAGAAAAGCCAGAUGGAAAUAAGUAGUGUCAUGUGAGAUGGUGCAGGUAGCGGUAACCCAUUUUCUUGUUGUAAAUGCUCAAAAGGAUAAAAAUGCAUCGUGGGCUUCGUGGACUAAAAAGCCCCAUUUGGUAUACAUGUAACGCUUUUUGCUAAAUGCAUUUAGAGGAGAUUCUGCCCAUGCAAGUAUUAUGCUUAUGCAGAAUGCUUCUUUGACUACUUUGUACUGGGGGACCAUUAUUUUGCCUUGCUCUUUUAGGGAGUGCUUGUUAUGUUAGCUAAGA